AUGGAUGGGGUUCUACCGUCGUUUAUUACACGGACCAAUUGUUCUUUUGUUUGCAGGUCCUUGUCGAAGGUUUGGCCUGAGGUUCUAAAUAAUGUCAUAUGGACUAUUGAUGAUGGACAGCCAGUCGAUACGUUACGUGUUUGUGAUGUUGUAGACAAUGCAGGAGAUUGGGAUUGGGUGCGAUUGAGGAGAUGGCUCCCUCAUUGGAUUUUGACUUAUAUUGCAACGAUGAUUAUUUCGUCGUCAUUAAGUGUGCUAGAUCAAUUUAUUUGGAAGUGGAAGGCAAGUGAUAAGUUUUCAUCCAAGGAAACAUUUAAGAAUUUGUACCAAGUUGAUUCUACUGACUCGUCUAUUCAAUGGAAUCUAGUUUGGAAGGCCAAGACGCCCCAACGAGUAAGGGUUUUUCUGUGGCUCCUUUGGCAAAAUAGGAUCCUGACUAAUGGGGAAAUAUUGAGAAUACAUAUUACUACUAAUAGCCAUUGUCUACGAUGUGGAUGUGGGGUUGAGACGAGUCUCCGUGCGAAUCAGAAUUUGUUUGUUUUCUCGGAUGGUCACAGUUGUGUGCAAGAACUUGUGGAUAAAGGCACAAGUUGGAUGUGGAGUGUUUUAUCUUCGAGACUCGAGCCGCCUUUUUCUCAUCCAAGGGCAAUAGCUUCACACUGGUCACGUCUUGAGGAGGGUUACAUUAAACUUAAUAUUGAUGGUGCAGUGGAAGGAAGGGAAAUGCUUGAAGGGUUUUGUUUGGCAUCGGAUAAAAGGUUCCGAAAGUUGGAGUUGGAGUGUGACAAUGGCUUGUUGGUUGAAACCAUUAUUGCUGGAGGUGCCGUGGAUAGGAGGAUAACGACACUGAGGUUGUUACAUAGUAUGCUUAUUCGUCCUUGGGAAGUUUGUGUGAGACAUAUUCCUCGGGCCCAGAAUACAGUGGCAGAGCAAUUGAUAAAAUUUGUAAGUCCGAAGUUGAUGAGAUUUAAUUUGAUGGAGGAUCCCCGGCUGUCGAUUAGGGAGCUGCUUAUGGUGGAGUCCAAUCUGUUUGGUUUGAAUUAG